AGCAAGCAAGCAUCAGAAGUUCAGAACGCUGCGAUUUUCAUUUACUAUUUGCAAUCGUCACCGCCUCGCUCUCCGUCUCGCGCGGAAUGGCCGAUCGGACGAUGGAAAAGUCCGCCGCUGAUUCACGCAGCAACAGGGCGGCCGUUCAAGCCACAAACGACGACGCCUCAGCCAGCAAAUUGUCAUGUGUUAAGAAGGGAUACAUGAAAGAUGACUAUAUUCGUUUAUUUGUUAGAAGACCUGUGAAGAGAUCUCCGAUCAUCAACCGUGGUUACUUUGCUCGUUGGGCUGCAUUUCGGAAGCUUCUUUAUCAGUUUCUUGAUUGUGAAGGAAGUAAUGAAAAAGGUCAUAUGAAGAAGCAGAUAUUAUCUCUUGGAGCUGGAUUUGAUACAACAUAUUUCCAGUUGCAGAAUGAGGGGAAAGCACCACACUUAUAUGUAGAACUGGACUUUAAAGAGAUCUAGGGAGCAGUUAUCAAUGAAAUGCUAUCUGCAAUUGGACACACUUUACACAAAUUUGUUGAAUACAAAGAAGUUUGGAUGUGGGUUGUUUUUUAGAGUCUAACACUCCCUAAGAAUUUUCAUUUUUCCAGGUAACUGGUAAAAAGGCUUCCCUGAUUGAAUCCUGUAUUGAGUUGAGAGACAGAGUUGGUACAACAGCACUGAUUUCACCAGAGAAUGGAGAAGUUCUCAGUGAUCACUACAAGCUACUACCAGCUGAUUUGCGCAACAUACAGAAAUUGGAUGAUGUCAUAAGUUUAGCUAACAUGGAUCCCAGCCUGCCCACCUUUAUAAUUGCAGAAUGCGUUUUAAUAUACUUGGACCCAGAUUCAACCCGCGCUAUAGUUGGGUGGGCAUCAAAAACUUUUUCAACAGCAAUAUUUUUCCUAUAUGAGCAGAUUCAUCCAGAUGAUGCUUUUGGUCAGCAAAUGAUAAAAAAUUUGGAGAGUCGAGGCUGUGCACUUCUAAGUAUUUAUGCUACGCCAACUUUGCUUGCAAAGGAAAAGCUAUUUCUUGAUCAGGGAUGGCAGAGAGCUGUUGCAUGGGACAUGCUGAGAGUUUACAGUAAAUUUAUUGAUGCUCAAGAAAGACGAAGAAUUGAGAGGUUGGAAUUGUUUGAUGAGUUUGAAGAGUGGCAUAUGAUGCAGGUAAGUAAAAAGUAAAAAUUCUAAAAGCACAGGGAAUAUUGAUAUUAUACAUUUGUACAACGUGCAUCAAGCACAUGAGGUGGCCUUAAAUAUCUAUUUUUGAUGGCAACUUAAGGGUUCUUAAUCCUGGCUUGCUCAUCUCAGAUGAAAAUUUGGUUGUCAAAUUAUCAAUGGUAAUUGUAUUUCAUGUUAUUUUCUUAUCAUCAUUAUUAGUAUUAAUUUUGUUCUGAGCUGCUAAUUUUCAGGAGCAUUAUUGUGUGGCUUAUGCAAUCAAUGAUGCCGUGGGGUUGUUUGUGGAAUUUGGUUUUCCUGAUGACCAACAGCACAUGCUCAGCGCCAGUUCAGCUGCAUCAUCAUGACCAUGAGGGCAUGAGGCUUCCACGGCUGCUCUAACAUGAUAAUAUGUUCUCAACUUUGGAUUAAAAAUUCUAGCGGACAAGCAUGUGUGACUCACAAGUGUCUGUUAGCAGGUUUUCGUCAGGUAAAAAGGUGCCUCUUCCAACUAGUAGUUAGUCUUUAGCUAAGAGUCUCCAGGAGCCUUUUAUGACUUGUGAAGGAGGUGCAUCCCUCUCUAUGCAUAUUGUUUUUUAGACUCGAGAAAAACAGAUUCUUUCUUUUCUAUGCUAGCUGUUUGGCAAAAGAAAACGUGGUGGGACCCAAACAGUGUCAAAAGUGACUCACACCUUUGGUUGGUGGGGGCACGAUCAUGUGGCUAUCUAUCUAUAUGUAUGCAUAGUUUGGUUGCUUUUCAAUUUAUUCCCCCAAAAUUUCCCUUUCCCAUCCUUUCUUGCCUCCUUUUCUCCCCCAUUUUCUUUACCAUGCCAUGAGAAUCUCGACCUCCUUUCCAUUUCAAUUUUGAGGGUCUCUAUGUUACAGUUAUAUCCCAUUACUUGAGUUAAAGACAAUUCAAGAGCUUAUCACGAACUCUGGCUUUGAAAAGAAGAAUAUUUUCUCACCUAAUUGUUAGCAUUGACUUGGGUGAUAAUAUAUUAAUGGCUUAAGAUAUUAGAAUCUGUUGGCGAAACAUCAUGCGGUGCCAGUAUCAUACAUCAACUUUCUUGUAUUAUACUAAAUUCAAGUUUUUCCU